AUGGCUUCUCCGCCACCGUUAACGCUAAACUUCGUCGGAUCAGAUACGGACAGCACCUUCCCAACCGUCGUUUCAAGUUCCCUAUCGCCGCCGUCGCCACGCCAUUCGUCUCCCUUACAGAGCCUCAGUCCCAGCAUUCUUAUUAUCGUUAUCGUCCUCGCCGUCACCGUUAUCGUCUCUCUCGCUCUCUGCUUCCUCCUCCGUCACCUCAACCGCCGCUGCCUCAACCGCUUCUCCUCCUCCGCCGCCGCACCUUCGGCCUCCGCCACGCCGAUAUUCUCCUCCAGCCGCCGUAUCUCGCCAGAGAUUGUCCACUCCUCCUCCUCCUCCGCCGCCUCCGUCAUCGACACGCUCCCGCUCUUCACGUUCUCCUCUGUCACGCGCCGCUCCGCCUCUGCCGCCGCUGACUGCGCCGUCUGCCUCUCCAAGUUCCAUAACCACGACCUCCUCCGCCUCCUUCCUCUCUGCUGCCACGCCUUCCACGCCGAGUGCAUCGACACUUGGCUCCAGUCCAACCUCUCGUGUCCGCUCUGCCGCUCUCCCAUCGCCGCCGCGGAAUCCGAACUCGCCAAAAUCCUCCGUCCGCCGUCCUCCGCCGCUGGCAGUAGCGACAGCUUCCGCCUCGAGUUAGGAAACAUCAGCCGCCGUGGCGCCGAAGGCGCCGCCACCGCUCGCGGCGAUACACGUUCGCGAUCCUAUUCCAUUGGUUCGUUCGAGUAUCUAGUGGACGACGAGUCGGAGGUCGCGUUCAGCCACGCGCGCCAGAGAAGCGAAGACGACGUGAAGGAGUUUCCCACAGCGGAGGCUCAGACUCAGGCCACUAAUAACGAGGCUCAGACUCUGGCCGGCGAGGUCGCCGGCGUCAGGAGCUGGCUUAAGGACUACAUGGACAGGUUUUCCGCUUCUAUUUCGUCGAGAACGGCGUCUUUUCGAAGCUCUGGAAGGUUCUUCAGUGGCGGCGGGAGUAGUCGCCGAAGCGAUGUCGUUCCGGUAGCUGCAGAAUACGACUUGGACGGAAAUCGAAUUGGCGAAGAGAUCAGCGAAAUGUUUCGGUGGCUUUCAGGGGUAUGA